AUGGAUGCAGUUACUGCGAAGCCGCUUCUGCUCAACAUGAGCCAGCACGGCAAUGUCCAAGACAUUGUGGCUGGCAUCCAGACCCUAUUGGCCAAGCUAUUGGAGGAGCAUGAGCGAUGCGAGCACGAAGUGAGGGCUCUCAGAGGCGGCCAUCCCACAAGCACCUCCCGUGUUCCCCCCGCUGUGCCCUCCAGAACAAGAGCGUCCAGCGAUGUUGAAGUUCAGAGUCUGGCCACUGAAGAAAUUGGGCCGGAGACUGCGGAUAUUCCAGACUCACCAGACGACGGAGUCUGCGAGUUGCCAAGUGUCAGCAAGAGAGAGCUGCAAGAGGACGGUCUUGACUCGGAGCUCACGCCUGUGAAGUUUUCCGUCUACUCUGUGUCCCUGCCGAACACCGAGAUGUCUUUCGGCGGAGAUUUGGCCGGGCAACAGUGCCGAGUGGUGUUUAAAGCCAACAACGCGAAUGCCACGACCACACGCGAGCAUGCAUUCCAGUUCCCGAAUAAGUCACAGUCCAGCCUCCCCGGUCUGGUGCCCUCGGCCCAGGGAGCUGAUCUUGUGGUCGCCGACUGGACUGCUGGCACCGAUGUUGGCAUGGAUUGCUUCAUGGAGGUCCCAAAGCCAUGCCCCCAUCACUUUACAGCGGAGGUUUGGGCCAGUGGUCACAAGUUUGCCUUGGCCAGCGGCACGGUGACCCCUGGCGAGCGGCGGCGAGUGAAGCUUCGGGGCGGGGGGCUCCUGGAUGUUGAAGUCACGGUCAGCAAGGCAUCGACGGGCAGCCCACUGCGGGAAAAGCAGGUCCGGGACAACAUUCGAGCCCGCCUUGAGAGGGUUCUCGCAGAGCAGCAUCAGACGCAGGUCAUUAUGGCACGCGACCUCAUGGAGGCGGUCAAAAAGUGUGGAAAGUCGCAAGCUGCCGGCUUCUCGUAUUCUCUGGAAGAAGCGGAGCUGGAGGAUGUCAUUUUGGAGCUCAGGCAUAUCUACCAGAAGCACGUCUUGAAGGUCAACAACAAGAAGGGCCUCACGAAAUCGAAGACUCCUACACAUGUGAUUGCCUUUCAUCAGUUCUUGAAAUGCAUGUUUCUGGAAGACGUGCACAAGUAUGCGAGGGACGAGCAGACUCAGUUGAAUCUGUUCAUUCUCCAACUGGCUAUUUUCGGGGACGAGAUUCCGUCGACAGGCACAUCUGGCGCGCUGGUCUUCGCCAAUCAGAAGGAGCAAAUGAAACAACCCAACAGGCAGAAGCUGAUCGUCGAUGUCAUGACUGCCUUGUCCACACUGGCCAUCAUCUCCAGCGUGGCAGCGACAGGCAUCUCCAUGGACUUUGCAACGGGCGCCCCCGGAUGGAUUGUGCUGGACACCGUGUGUUCUACAAUCUUGGCGGUUGAGGUCAUUGUCAAGCUGUACGUUCUCAAGCCCGCUGUAUACUUCUGCGGACCCCUCGGCAGAUGGAACGUAUUCGACUUGGCUUUAUCCGGUACGGCGGUUGUAGAGACAGUGAUCAGCCUCUCAGCUGGCAGUGGAGGUGCUCAGAGUCGAGUUGCUAUGAUGCUUCGCGGCCUUCGCAUUGCAAGGCUGGCUCGCUUAGCGAAGCUGGUUCGCAUGCCUUUGCUGCAGGAGCUGGCGACAAUCGUGUCAGGCUUCUUCAUCAGUCUGCGACCGCUAUUUUGGGUGUUGCUCACGCUUUUCAUGGUGGUCUACUUCAUGGCGGUGGUGCUCCGUACCACGCUGAAGGGAUUUACAGCCGACAGUUGUCAUGGAGAUCCCGACAUGUUCGAGGACCCGGACUCGGAAGAGUGCCCUUUCCACUUGGUGCAAGGUCAAGUCUACUGCGGUGAUGUUUUGGGGUGCAUGUUUUCGGUGUUCCGCUGCAUUCUCGGCGACUGCACGACAAAGCCUGGCCAGAGCUUGGUGAUGGUCUUCAGCGACGGCUUUGGAUUGGGCUUCGACUUGAUUUACGCCUUUGGCAUGGUCGUGGUGACUUUCGGUCUCUUCAACAUCAUCACGGCCAUUUUCGUGGAAGCUACUCUGAGAGGCCUCAAAGCAAGCGAUCGGCAGCAGAAGUUCACCAGGGACCACCAGUCUGGCUGGAUGACGCAGCAGCUGGCCCAUUUUGUACAGCUGGCGACGCAAGAGGUACAACUCUCAUACAGCAUUUUGGAAGCUACGUGCCGAACUGUCUACAGCACAUGUCUUUUUGAAGUCAUGGGGCGAUCGCUCGGGCUAGGCGAGACCUUGAGAGCGUCUGCGCAGACCUUUUCCGAGGGCUUAGAUGAGGACCCGGUGGUAGGCCUCGCGAAAGAGCCAUGGUUGCGA